AUGUCAACGCCUGCGAGAAGAAGACUGAUGAGGGAUUUCAAGCGGAUCCAGCAGGAUUCCGCUGGAGGUGUGUCUGCAUCUCCUUUAGCCGACAAUGUGAUGAUUUGGAACGGAAUAAUUAUCGGUCCGCAAGAUACCCCGUACGAGGACGGUACGUUCAGACUGCGACUAACAUUUGAUGAGCAAUACCCUAAUAAACCACCUAAUGUGCGGUUCACGUCUGAGAUGUUCCAUCCGAAUGUCUACGGGUCCGGAGAACUGUGUUUAGAUAUCUUGCAGAACAGAUGGUCGCCGACCUACGACGUUGCCUCGAUCUUGACGUCGAUCCAAUCGCUCCUUAACGAUCCGAAUAUCAGUUCGCCGGCCAACGUGGAGGCCGCCAACCUGUACAAAGACCACCGCAGCCAGUACAUCAAACGGGUUAGACAGACUGUCGAGAAGAGCUGGACAGAGGAUAUGUUGGAUGUGGGCGACGAGGACGACGACGAGGAUGACGAGGACGACGAGGACGGUUUGGAGAAGGGAGAGGCGGACGACAAGGAGUAG